AUAACAAUUUGGAACCAGAUCCAGUUUACACGUAACAUGUCAACUAUCGAACCGCACCAGUAGAUACUGAUUAUUAAUAUAAAAGGCCUCACUGAUGCUGAAUAUGUAUCAUUCGCAUACAAAGAUCAAACAUACACAUACAAACAUGAUAUCUAAGGUCGCCGUCUUCGCCGCUGUACUGGUAGCAGUCAGCGCACAGCACUACGCCCAGCAAGGCCACUCCCAACACGGUCACGCCACAUCUUCCCAGUCCAUCAUCCGUCACGACAUCUCCCACAACCAACACGGCUACAGCCACGCCCCAGUAGCAGUGCACGCUGCCCCUCUGGUUCACGCUGCCCCUCUGGUUCACGCUGCCCCUGUGGUCCAUGCUGCUCCUAUCAUCCAGCACGUUGCACCCAUCGCUCAUGCUGCCCCGAUCCAAUAUAACCAAUACGGUCAGGGACAUGGACACGUGGACUACUAUUCGCACCCCAAAUACGAGUUCCAAUACAACGUAGCAGACUCGCACACCGGUGACAUCAAGUCCCAGCAUGAGGCUCGUGACGGCGACCACGUGACCGGCUCCUACAGUCUGCACCAACCCGACGGCUCCGUGCGCACCGUACACUACAACGCUGAUGCACACAGCGGAUUUAACGCUCAAGUGGAAAACUCUGCCCCAUCAACACACGCCCAGCCAGCGCCGGUACACUAUGCUCCAGUCCACAGCUAUCAUCAUUAGACCUUAAUAUCAUGUUUUAUUUACCCGAAUGUGUUAUAGUUCAUAAGAAAAUUUUAAAAGAAAUAUUUUUUUUACAAAUAAAUCUAGUCCAAAAAUA